CCGGUUUUAUAAACCAAAAUGUCAUGAACCAGGUGGUAAAAAUAACACUGAACCGGUAAAAACUUUGUUGAGAAAAAUCUCUGUUGCCAAUCGUUGCAAAACAGCAUCAUCAUCUCUAAUGUAGUAGUUCCGUCGAGAGGAAGAAUUCUUCUGAGUAGAAAAAUAUGGAAAGAGAUAAUGGAAAACGUGAUUGAAUACAAUUCGAUUUGUUUAUAUAAUAAAGAAACAGCCAAAACAGAGGAUAACAAACCCACGUUUGCAGACUUAGGAAAAAUAAACCUUUUUUUAUGAACUCUUUGGUAGGUGCUACCGUGCUAGAUCAUAAAUAUUCCAAAAGACUCUUUUCUUUUGUGUGUGAAAGCUCGGAUUUAGCUUUUUCCGGCAUUUGGGUCCCUUAAAGUCUCCGCCUUUUCCGUGUUGAAGUCCGAUGGCGAUAGGAGACCGCAAGAAGAUUAUCAUCGAUACUGAUCCUGGAAUCGAUGAUGCCAUGGCGAUAUUCGUGGCUUUAAAUUCACCAGAAGUUGAUGUCAUUGGCCUCACUACUAUCUUUGGAAACGUGUAUACCACUCUCGCCACUCGAAACGCCUUGCAUUUGUUGGAGGUUGCGGGUAGGACGGAUAUUCCUGUGGCUGAAGGAACACAUAAAACCUUCUUGAACGAUACCAAGCUUCGAAUUGCUGACUUUGUUCAUGGAAAAGAUGGGCUUGGCAACCAAAAUUUCCCUCCACCUAAAGGAAAACCAAUUGAAAAGUCUGGACCUGAGUUUUUAGUUGAACAAGCAAAACUUUACCCUGGUGAAAUCACGGUUGUUGCUUUGGGACCACUAACAAAUAUCGCGUUGGCUAUUCAGCUUGAUCCAGAUUUUUCGAAAAAUGUCGGACAAAUUGUUCUUCUUGGUGGUGCAUUCGCAGUAAACGGAAAUGUAAAUCCAGCUUCGGAAGCUAAUAUUUUUGGCGAUCCAGAAGCUGCAGAUAUUGUGUUCACAUGUGGGGCCGAUAUAAUUGCUGUGGGGAUCAAUGUGACCCAUCAAGUUAUUAUGACAGCUAAUGACAAAGACAAACUGGCAUCAUCUAACGGGAAAUUUGCUCAAUAUCUCUGUAAAAUCCUUGAUGUGUAUUAUGAUUAUCAUCUCACGGCUUACGAAAUCAAAGGUGUCUACCUUCAUGAUCCUGCGACGAUCCUUGCGGCUUUCCUUCCUUCUCUAUUCACUUAUACAGAAGGAGUAGCUAGAGUGCAAACAAGCGGUAUCACUAGGGGACUUACUUUACUGUACAACAAUCCAAAGAAGUUUGAGGAAGAGAAUGAGUGGUCAGACAAACCAUCGGUAAAAGUGGCAGUGACGGUUGAUGCUCCUGCGGUCGUGAAGCUCAUAAUGGAUAGGCUUAUGGAGUCUUAGGUCAUCUUGGUUCGUUAAUCAGUUAUCUCUUUCUCUUUGAUGUUUCAUUUAUUGUGAGCCAUUUCUCUUGUUUCCAACACAAACUCUGUUGAAAAUAAGGCUCUUCUUGCUGCAUUAUUUUUACUCAACAUCAUUUGAGUGCUUUUAUUUUUUAAUCUUUAUCAAACCAAA